AACAACUCCUCCUGUUUGGUGGAGCAGCAGAAGAAAAGCGGUUUAUACGCGGAAGCAAAACCGCGACGUAAAUCGUACAAACUGUCCUGACUCGUUUGUUUCUUGGGAUUGAGUUGAGAGGACUGGACAGAUUAGAUUAUACAGAUUUGGUUUACAUUUCACCGGGUGGUGGACGCAGCGGACACAAUGCGGACGGCUUUGUUGUCACUUUCUAUUUUACUGCUCUGCGUGUUGGUCGCAGGGGCUCCAACAGGUGUCAAGAGAGCGGCACCAGAAAUUUAUCCUCCAAAAAGUGAUUCUGGCAGUGACAGGGGAAAUACUGGAGGGAAGCUGGGAAGCACUGCUGUAGCUGGCAACUCGGGCAAAGGCGCAAAUGCAGAUAAACCGCAGGGAAAAGACAAUUCAGCUGGCAACUCGGGCAAAGGCGCAAAUGCAGAUAAACCGCAGGGAAAAGACAAUUCAACUGGCAACUCGGGCAAAGGCGCAAAUGCAGAUAAGCCGCAGGGAAAGGACAAUUCAUCUGGCAACGCCGACAAAGGCGCAAAUGCAGAUAAGCCGCAGGGAAAGGACAAUUCAUCUGGCAACGCCGACAAAGGCGCAAAUGCAGAUAAGCCGCAGGGAAAGGACAAUUCAGCUGGCAACUCCGAUAAAGGCGCAAAUGCAGAUAAGCCGCAGGGAAAGGACAAUUCAUCUGGCAACGCCGACAAAGGCGCAAAUGCAGAUAAGCCGCAGGGAAAGGACAAUUCAGCUGCCAACUCCGACAAAGGCGCAAAUGCAGAUAAGCCACAGGAAAAGGACAAUUCAUCUGGCAACGCCGACAAAGGCGCAAAUGCAGAUAAGCCGCAGGGAAAGGACAAUUCAGCUGGCAACUCGGGCAAAGGCGCAAAUGCAGAUAAGCCACAGGAAAAGGACAAUUCAUCUGGCAACGCCGACAAAGGCGCAAAUGCAGAUGAGCCGCAGGGAAAGGACAAUUCAGCUGGCAACUCAGACAAAGGCGCAAAUGCAGAUAAGCCGCAGGGAAAGGACAAUUCAGCUGGCAACUCCGACAAAGGCGCAAAUGCAGAUAAGCCGCAGGGAAAAGACAAUUCAGCUGGCAACUCCGACAAAGGCGCAAAUGCAGAUAAGCCGCAGGGAAAAGACAAUUCAGCUGGCAACUCAGACAAAGGCGCAAAUGCAGAUAAGCCGCAGGGAAAAGACAAUUCAGCUGGCAACUCCGACAAAGGCGCAAAUACAGAUAAGCCGCAGGGAAAAGACAAUUCAGCUGGCAACUCCGACAACGGCGCAAAUGCAGAUAAGCCGCAGGGAAAGGACAAUUCAGCUGGCAACUCCGACAACGGCGCAAAUGCAGAUAAGCCGCAGGAAAAGGACAAUUCAUCUGGCAACGCCGACAAAGGCGCAAAUGCAGAUAAGCCGCAGGGAAAGGACAAUUCAGCUGGCAACUCCGACAAAGGCGCAAAUGCAGAUAAGCCGCAGGGAAAAGACAAUUCAGCUGGCAACUCCGACAAAGGCGCAAAUGCAGAUAAGCCGCAGGGAAAAGACAAUUCAGCUGGCAACUCAGACAAAGGCGCAAAUGCAGAUAAGCCGCAGGGAAAAGACAAUUCAGCUGGCAACUCCGACAAAGGCGCAAAUACAGAUAAGCCGCAGGGAAAAGACAAUUCAGCUGGCAACUCCGACAACGGCGCAAAUGCAGAUAAGCCGCAGGGAAAGGACAAUUCAGCUGGCAACUCCGACAACGACGCAAAUGCAGAUAAGCCACAGGAAAAGGACAAUUCAUCUGGCAACGCCGACAAAGGCGCAAAUGCAGAUAAGCCGCAGGGAAAGGACAAUUCAGCUGGCAACUCAGACAAAGGCGCAAAUGCAGAUAAGCCGCAGGGAAAAGACAAUUCAGCUGGCAACUCAGACAAAGGCGCAAAUGCAGAUAAGCCGCAGGGAAAGGACAAUUCAGCUGGCAACUCCGACAAAGGCGCAAAUGCAGAUAAGCCGCAGGGAAAGGACAAUUCAGGUAGUCAAUUUGACAACGCAAAGGGUACAAGUGAGAUGAAGGAGGAAAACAGUCAUUUCUUUGCCUACUUCGUCACCGGAGUUGUGGUGGUGGUCAUUCUCUACAUCGCUAAGCACAACAAGCGCAAGAUUAUCGCCUUUGUUUUGGAAGGGAAGAAUUCCAGAUCCACACGUCGACCUAAAUCUUCAAAUUACCAGAAGCUGGAACAACAUAUGUGAUCCAAAGCUGCCCAGAGAAGCUGAGAAAACGGCUUUAGUAGACUGCGAGUGGAUACAAAUCAUGGAUCUACAGUAAAUAAAAUGACCUGUUAAAUGGACAUUCUUCUAUUCUUGACUUCUAAAUGUUGAAUGACUAUGCAGACGACACUGAUGCCUUAUUGGGAAUUGGAGGAAGUUAGAGGGGGCUGAGAUGGAGGGGAGUAAAAAAAGGAAGUUAUGUGAAAUAGGCUUGCAUUAAAAAAAGGAAGUUAUGUGAAAUAGGCUUGCAGUAUUUUGCACUGCUUUUGCAAUCUGGCCUGUCGAAGGCCCUCACUCAGGGUGUAGAAGUAGCAAAUCAGUUGUCUGCACUUCCGUCUUAUUUUAUGAUACUGGACAGAUUUCAACAUGCACCUGAAUAAGUCGUCAAUGUCAUGUUUCUGUUUAAAUGCCUUUAUUUGUGCUGUUUCCUUAAACAAUCUGUUUUGGAGCCACUGUUAAAAUCUUGUCAGUCCAGUUAUAGCAUGCUUGGCCAAUGGUGACUUUUGGGUGUUUUUUGUUUUUUUUUGUCUCAACUUAUACCACUUGAUGGGUUGGAUCUGUUGUCCACAACAUAUUGCUUCUACCUUAAAUUGCAUUUGUAGGGUGGGAUUUGGCUGCAGCCUCUAUGUUUUGGUUCUUUCAGGAAAAAGAUUGCUCUGUACACAUGACAUGACCACUAAAAUAAGAAGUUUGUUCUUUCAACUUGAAUGGAUUAGUUUUUGUAUUUAGAAAAAAAUGCCAUACCUGUGCCAAAUGAUUUAAGAAAAUAUUGUGAUUUAUUGUGCUGCUGUCUUUUUUUUUUCUUUGCCUCAUACUUUCAGUAAUCUUUUUUUUCUAGCAAGUUUUGGUGAAAGAGAAAAUAUUCUGCUGCUUCCUGGAAGCCAUGUUUGUAGUAUGCUAAACAGUUAAUCUUUUUGGUCCUCUGAGUUUCAAAAAGAAUUGUAUAGACAUUCUGCUGUUUUACUUCAUAUCAAAUAUGAACAGCUGACUGCUUCUAUUAAAAUAAAAGCUAUUUUUUAACUUUC